UGACGCACACAGCACAGAGCGUCGGAGCAGUAGCCGGCACACGUGCUAAUGUUUGGGCUGCCGCAGCCGUGCACACCUCCUACUUUAGGAGUGAGAUAAAAGAGAAAGUUACGGCAGAAAAUGUUAACGAAAAACUCGAGAGACAGCGUUACCAAAGAAGACACCCCAACGGAAACAACCCAAGGCUCAAGAGACGAGGACUUCUUUGAAAAGAAGGGUCAGAGGAAUUCGAUACUUAUGAUCAGAGUCUUCAGAGGAAAUACCCUGACAUGUCGUCCAGCAGAGUAUCAGAUAGGAGAUGAAUGCUGUCCUAAGUGUCCAGCUGGAAAUAGAGUUAAAACAGAUUGCUCAAAGUCCAGAAGUACCUCCUGUAUGUCCUGCAUAGAAGGAACCUUCAUGAAUCAUCCCACUGGACUUAAACAAUGUUUUCGCUGCACAAACUGUGAUCCAGGUUCUGGUCUGAAGAUGAGGAGUUCAUGUACAACAACAUCAGACAGAGUUUGUGAACCACUGGAAGGAUUCUACUGUACUGACUUUACAAUGAACAGCUGUGUGGCAGCAGAGAAACACACAAGAUGUCAACCAGGUCAAUACAUCAGUCAAACAGGAACAGCCUCCAAAGACACUGUGUGCUCUGACUGCAGAGAUGCAACAUUUUCAGAUGGGACAUUUACAUCUUGUGAACCACACACACAAUGUGAAUCAGAAAACCUUCUGAUAAAACCAGGAACUGCUGCAAGUGAUGCUGAAUGUGGAGAAAAGAGUUUAAAAGAGACAGUAAUUUUGAUCUGCGCUGUAGUGCUUCUUUUAGUGAUUUGCGUUGCUGCUUUUUUUGUCUGGAAAAACAAAAAAUGUCUGUCAGCUCUAAAAAUAAAUGGAAGCACUUCCACAAAGGAAAACAUACCUCGAGGAGAAACAGCAGUGAUGAUGUCACCCCCGCCAUGACAAGAAGGUACGACAGGAGUGUUUUCUUGGUACAGGUGGAGAAACCUGAGUGUGAGAAGACUGACUUGUCCUGGGGGCUUUGAAGCGGACAACAAAAGGCUCUCUGGAGAAAGCAUCAACAUCUCCUGGUCGAAUGUCUGGAUACUGAUACUGGCCAGAGACUGUCACCGU